CUGAAUUGGCGCUAGCCUAAUGGCACAUUUGUCUCCCACAAUUGAAUACUUGGCACAUGAAAACAUCCAAUCCAAGGACGUCUGACUUCAUUGCUGCAAACUGUUGCAGCAUGAAGAACAAAGUCAAACCCAACAGCCCCAACUCUUAGCCUGUCUCAUUGGCCGGAUGCUCAGCCUCUGGACUCGUUUAAUACAUGGCUCUCUUUGCUUGCUCAGUGACAAAUCCCUUUCUAUCUCCUGAAUAGAUUAUGGCCUGGCUUUGCUUCUUGCAGCACACUACCAUGGCGCACGGCGGCGUACCUAUAAAGGUUGCUUCCAUUGUUGCACAAGUACAACCACUGUUUGCAGGAUCAAGGACAGUGAUCUGCAGCUGAUCAACUAGAAUGUUCUUCUCUAGCUUCUCGUACCCGCACCAGCAGCAGCCAGGUAGCAGCCCCGGCCAUGCUGCCGCUCCGUACGACGGCGACGACCACAACCUCACGGUGCUCCUCACCUUCGGCAUCUUCUUCUCCUUCAUCCUGCUCUACCUCGUCGCCGGCGUCGUCUGGGCCUCCGGCGUCACCGCCUGCGCCGUCGCGCUCGCCUUCUGCUAUCUCAAGGUCAAGGCCCGGCGGCGCGCCGCGCUGAGGCGUGCGGCAGCUGCCCGGAGCGGCGGCGGGCCCGGAGCUGUCGCCGUGUCGGCGAUCCCGGCGUUUGCGUACAAGCGGGAGGGUGGCGGCGGCGGGGACGCGACGGGGUGGGCGCAGUGCGUGAUAUGCCUGGGGCUGGUGCAGGUCAGCGAGGUGGUCCGGCGGCUGCCGGCGUGCAAGCACCUGUUCCACGUGGAGUGCAUCGACAUGUGGCUGCACUCGCAUUCGACUUGCCCCAUCUGCCGCGCCGCCGUCGUGCCCACCGACGGCCAGCCGGAGCCGGAGCCGGAGCCGGAGCCGCCGGUUUGAUCGCUUGAUUGUGGCCACCGGGCUCUGGGUGAGGUAGCUAGUUCUGCACUUGUUAGGAUGUAAAUUAUAUAGUUUGUGAUCACAGCGUUCUAAGAUGAAGCUUGAGAUUGCAAUA